UUACUCUAUGAUUUCCCACAAUAUCUGUAUUGUUUAUAUUUCUGAUUCGUUCAAUGUAUUUUUAAUAUUAUUAAAUCAAUUGCUUCUGUUAACUUAUUAAAAUGUGUUUAUUUUUUUACAAGACUUAAUAUAAAAUAAUUUCUUUAGUAUCUUCAGUGAAUAUUGAGUGUUCACUGGUAAUUCCCUACAAUACAUUACAAUGGAAACUAAAAAAAUAUCAUUUGGUUUUAUGAAAACCAAAAAAGCAGAAAAAGUCAUUGUUGAAGAGAAGAAAGAUUUUAUAGAAUGUGUAGAAGAGAAAUCUAUAAAAGUUGUCGGAGGUGAAGUCAUUCCAGAAAAUGUCCAAUUAGUGAUACCCAUGAAGCCAAACACUCUAAUAACAGCUGAAAAGUUAAAGAAAAUAGCAGAAGAGGUGGAAAGUGCACUCGACGAGCCAGUACAAGAAGAUGAACAGAAAAAUCCUGUAAAUGAUAAACCAGAAAAUGAAACAUUGGACCAGAUGGCUGUUAGAGAACUUCUAGAAGAUGCUAAAAAAGAAACUAAUGUUGAAGGGCCAACAUUAACAUUGCCAUUACCUGCUAAGCCUGUUAUUGAUGGUGAGAAAGAGUCAACAUUAGAUGACUAUGAGAGUGUGCCAAUUGAACAAUUUGGAAUGGCAAUGCUUCGUGGAAUGGGAUGGAAGCCCAACAAAGAUCAAUCUAAAUACAAACAACCUGCACUGCGACCAAAAGGACUAGGUUUGGGAGCUGAUAAAGUAAUUGCCGAUAAACAAAAGAAGAAAUCAUCCAAAGACAAGGAAGAAGAAUUAUCUAUAGUCAAGAAUUCUUAUGUGAAAAUAACCACUGGAAAAUAUAGUGGUUAUUAUGGAAAGGUGGUAAGUUUAGACGAGGAUAAUGGUCGUGUAAUGGUGGACAUUCCAAUAAAAAAAGAAACCAUCAAUUUAAGUGAAUUCAUGCUUCAUCCUGUCAAUAAAUCAGAAUUUGAUAAGGAAUCUAAAGUGAUAAAUGCUGAUUCAUUUGAGGAAUACAAGAAAAAUGAGAAAGUGUUUGAUAAGUCUUCCAAACAUGAUUCAUCAAGAGUCAACGAAAGAGAAGCAUCUUCAAGUAAAAAAUCUAAUGAUUUAAAUAAAGAAUAUAAUAAAAGAGAGAGUAAAAAUAAAGAUUACAAGAAAUAUAGGGAUUAUGAGAAAUCUUCGAAUGUUCAAAGUAGAGAUAGGUAUAGAAGAGAUUCGUCGGCUAGUGAAGAUAAAUAUAAACAUCGUAAAAAGAAGGAUAAAAAGUAUAGUAGUACUGAUACAGAUUCUUUAAGUUCUUUGUCCGAUACUGAUAUGCGGCGAAAAGACAAAAACAAUAGAAGACGCUGUAGCUCUGAUUCAGACUCCUCUCACAAAAAGGACAAAAGAAAAAAGAAACAUGAGGGAAAAAGAGAUAUUGAUAAGAAACGUAAGGGUAAAAAAAAGAAGAGAGAUAGAGAUCGCUCACCAAACUAUAAAAAGUAUAGGAAAUAAGUACAGGUAAAAUAAAUCAAUAUUUUAAAUCUGAA